AAAAAAAAAAAAAUCAUAAAUUAAAAAAAAAAAAAAAAGUGUGUUCUGCGCGCGGACACAAACGCAUGAAACCGCCGGCAUGUGUGCGCUAAGAGUUGCAGUCAGCCGCACGCUCUGCAGCGUGAGAAUGACCAUCCAGAAUGGCUCUGUGAUGUGUGCCAGAGACUGCUCUCAGGCAGCAGGCAAGAGAAACACACUGGGAUGGGACCUGUCUCCAGAUGAGAUCAGGGCCGCGACGGACAGCCUGAUCGACAGGGUGAAGAAGGUCUACGAUGACAUCGGAUCUCUGAACAUAGAAAGUGUCUCUGUUGAAAACACCCUGAGAGCCUUGGCUAAUGCCAAACUGGAUUACGCAUCGUCACGCCAUAUUCUCGAUUUCCCCCAGUACGUUUGUCCCUCUAAGGAGGUUCGGUCGGCGAGCACAGAGGCAGACAAAAAACUGUCUGAGUUUGAUGUGGAGAUAAGCAUGAGGGAGGACGUGUUCCAGCGAAUUACCGCCUUGCAGAAAAAGCUCCGAGACAACCUUUCACCUGAAGAAAAGAGAUUCUUAGACAGACUCGUUACAUUGGGCAAGCGGAGAGGACUGCACCUGUCUAAAGACAUACAAGAGGAAAUAAAAAGAAUGUCCAAGCUUAUUAGUGAACUCUCCAUAGAGUUUAACAAGAAUCUGAACGAGGACAAUACGUUUCUUGUUUUUUCUGAGCACGAAUUGGGUGGGCUAGCUGAUACUUAUCUCAAUGGACUGGACAAGACAGCGAAUGGGCAGUAUAAAGUGACACUGGAAUAUCCCCAUUACUACCCCCUGAUUAAGAGGUGUCACAAUCCUGAGACCAGGAGGAAGAUGGAAACCGCUUUUCACAGCAGGUGUAAAGAGGUAAACACAGCGAUCCUUGAACGGUUGGUACGGCUGAGGGCAAAGGUCGCAGACUUACUUGGUUACAGCAGCCAUGCAAACUAUGUGCUGGAAAUUAACAUGGCCAAGAAUGCAAGCAAUGUGUCUGACUUUCUAGAUACAUUCUAUGAAACACUGAAGCCCAUUGGAAUCAAGGAGAGGAAAUAUAUCCUUGCACUAAAAAAGAGGGAGUGCUUGAUGAAGGGCUACCAGUUUGACGGACAGAUCAAUGCCUGGGACUUGCCCUACUACAUGAAUCAAGUGGAGCAGUGCAAGUUUGCGGUGAACAAGGACAAACUGAUUGAGUAUUUCCCGCUGGAUGUGGUGACAGAGGGACUGUUUGGUAUUUACCAGGAGCUGCUGGGUCUCACAUUCGCAGAGGUGGAACAUGCCCACGUGUGGCAUGAAAAUGUCAAGCUUUAUUCGGCCCGCGACACCGACACGGGGGAGGAGAUUGGCCGGUUCUACCUGGACUUGCAUCCCAGGGAAGGAAAGUAUGGCCAUGCAGCCUGCUUUGGGCUCCAGCCUGGCUGCAGAGGACCUGAUGGAAAACGCAGGCUUCCGGUGGCGGCCAUGGUGGCCAACUUUACCAGACCCAGAAAAGGCUGGCCCUCUCUCCUCCAGCACCAUGAAGUGGAGACUUAUUUCCACGAGUUUGGUCAUGUAAUGCACGAGCUCUGCUCUAAGGCCACUUUUUCAGAAUUCAGUGGAACCCUGGUGGAGACGGACUUUGUGGAGGUGCCCUCGCAGAUGCUCGAGAACUGGGUCUGGGAGAAGGAGCCUCUGAGAAGAAUGUCUCGCCACUACAAGGACGGCAGCCCAAUCCCAGACAGUCUGCUCGACAAGCUGAUUGCCUCCAGAGUAGCCAACACUGGUCUGAUGAACCUGCGCCAGGUGGUCCUCAGCAAAGUGGACCAGUCACUACACACCGGCCCUGGUGCAGAUACAGCUGCGGUGUUUGCAAAGCACUGCCAGGACAUCCUGGGUAUUCCUGCUACACCAGGCACCAACAUGACUGCCAGUUUCAGCCACUUGGCUGGAGGAUAUGAUGGUCAGUACUACAGCUAUCUGUGGAGUGAAGUCUAUUCCAUGGACAUUUUUUUCAGUCGUUUUAAAAAGGAGGGCAUUAUGAAUCCAAAGGUUGGAAAGGAGUACAGAAGGGUGAUUCUGGAAGCUGGUGGCUCUGUGGAUGGAAGGGACAUGCUGGAAUCCUUCCUCGGACGUGCACCGUGCCAGGAUGCCUUCUUUCAAUGCAAGGGACUGACAAAGUCACCGGAAACACAAACCUCUUAAUUUGUUACAGCCUUUAAGAGUCAUUUCAUCAGACCUGGGUAGAUUUCUAAAUGUCUGGCUGCAGGUCCAUGUCAGUAGAAAAACGACUUUGCGCUUGACGGUGUUUAGGGUUUUGUAUUCGAUGUCUCUACUUGCAGCUUCUCCAACGUGAGGAUUCGCUUUUUUCUCGGUUUUAUAAUAACUGCAAACUCAAAAUAUUCAGUUAGAAUAUAAUAUCCUUAGGUUUUGGACUGUUGGUGGGACAAAACAAGACGUUUAAAGACAUUGGACUCUGGGAAGUUGUCACUGCUUAUUCCAUUUUUUUCCUGAAAUUGUAUUGACCUAAAUCGGUCAAUACAAUUAAUUGUUAAUUUAUUAACCAAAAUAAUGAAAUAUGUAAUGAAAUAAUGAAAAUAAUUGUUAGUUUGUUAGUUCCAGCCCCAGUCCUAUUUUGCAAACCCCUGAGGUUGGUGCAGACAACACGUCACAUUUACAAGUAACAUCUGUCCCACAGGUAGAAGCUGAAAAAAAGAUUUGAAAUGUUAAAACCACUAGGCCUUACAUACAGUAAUGGAUGCUUUGAAAUGUAUUCAGGCAAACUGGCUCACAAAACCUCAUUGUGCAUGGCUACAUGAUAUAGACUGGAAAAAAAAAAAUCACAGCCCCCAGCUUUAAAGACAUUAAGGCUCGUGUAAUGAAGCACCUCUGAGACAUCCCCACAAUCUCUCUUCCCAAAAGAAAAAAAAUGAUGAGGAAAAUGUGUUUAUUGACAUAUUUUGGAAGAAGGGGGUUUGCAUGUUUUUUUGAUGACAAUUCUCCUGCAAGUGGAAAAAGUUAUAUAUUUACACCAGGGGGCGCCACCAGAGUGGCAAAGGCCGGUUUAUGAGUUUAAUACGGUAAAGAAACAUUGAAUUUAAUCACUGGCGUGACUAUUUUCUUUACUUGAAUAAAAUGAAAUCCUUUCUCCUGUGCUUUUACUGCCGCCAAUGGUGAAGUUGUUGUAAACUGUGCUUCCUGGAUACGUGUAGAUGGGUUGAAUAAAAUGUCUUAUUUUUAUUUUUA